CUAUCAAUUCAUCACUAUAUCAGUCUUUUGCAGCGUGCACGCGCCUCCUUUCCAUACCUGUUAGUGUUAGCGGUGUGGCACUUUUAAUUAAAUUAUAAAUUAUUUGUGGAUAAUUCAACAAAUUAUUGUUCAACAUGAUUAUCUUUAAGGAUUUAAUCACUGGAGAUGAAAUGUUUACCGAUUCAUCGAAGUAUAAAGUCGUAGAUGAUUGUAUCUACGAGGUCGAGUGUCGACACGUUUCAAGAAAGCAGGGUGAUAUUCAAUUAGAUGGUGCUAAUCCAUCUCAAGAAGAAACUGAUGAAGGUACCGACGAGAGCGUCGAAUCAGGUCUCGAUUUAGUUUUAAAUCAACGUCUUGUAGAAACUGGCUUCACCAAAAAUGAUUUUAAAUCCUACUUAAAGCUCUACACCAAGACCCUUCAAGACAAGUGGAAGGAGAAUGAAAUGUCAGAUGACCAGAUCGCUGAUGCUAAAGCCAAAUUUACCACAGCCGUUAAGAAAAUUCUUCCUAAGAUCGGUGAUUAUCAAUUCUUUAUGGGAGAAAGUUCGAAUCCUGAUGGUCUCAUUGCCUUAUUGGAGUACCGUGAGAAACCAGGUGGAGACGAAACACCCAUCAUGAUUUUCUUUAAGCAUGGAUUAGAAGAAGAAAAAGUAUAAAACGUCUAAUUAUUCUGUGUAUCCUAUAUCAAAAUUAACAGUUUUUCUCCAAGUUAAUAUGCUGCAUGAAGUUGCCUAAAAAUAACUCUUAUUGCUGCGUAUUUAUGUUUACUAUCUAAUUAAGCUUGGAAUAUGUCAACAAUAUUGUAUUUUAAUUGAGAUUUCAUUAAAUAUUUUUACAGGACGUUA